GUCCGGUAGGCCAUCGGGACUUGCACAUAAGAACCAUCGGUUCAUCUCAGACGCCAGUGCAUGAUGAAAUAAUCUGCGCAGCGAAUGGCAUCAGCUGGACCACCAAAGAAACCAUGCAACACCGCAGGAUCUGCAGUCAACUCUGCCAUGCCAAGAAUGACUCCAUGAAUUCUCCUUGGUGGAAUCACGAUACUCCUUUUACUCUGCCAAGGCAGUGAGGAGUAAACAAGCGGACAAUAUAAAAGCCGGGGUGUCACAGCAAGACCGAGACCAGAUCCAACCAGUUAUUGUGGCAGUCACCAUGAAGACCACCCUCUUGUCUCUCUUCUGUGCAGCUACCUCUGCGCUCCCCUCCCCUCUCACACAACAGAAUGCAAUCCCCCCCUUCUUCCUCCUAGCCGGUGACAGCACCACUGCCACCCAGUCCAGCGGCGGUGGCGGCUGGGGCGACGGAUUCAUCAACACGACGCUGUACUCCGGCGCCAAAGGGCUCAACUACGGCCACGACGGCGCCACGACGGUCAGUUUCCGCUCCGGCGGAGACUGGGCCACCGUGCUCUCCAAAGUCGAAGAAUACAAGACCGACUACCGAGCCUUUGUGACCAUUCAAUUCGGACAUAAUGACCAGAAGGCCUCGGCCAAUAUCUCGGUGGCGGAAUAUACCAGCAAUCUGGAGCGGUUUGCCACGGAGGUCAAGAAUGCAGGGGGGACUCCUAUUCUCGUGACGCCUCUCUCGCGACGAAACUAUGAUAAUAGCACUGGGACACCUCUCGUGAUUGAGGAUCUGGCGGAUCAGCGAGUGGCUACCAUUGCUGCGGCGAACAAUACGGACACGGCGUAUAUUGAUCUCAAUCAAGCGAGUACGGAGUACUUGAAUAGUAUUGGGCCAGUGGACGCAUAUACAUAUAACCUGGUUCCGGAUGAUUAUACCCAUUUGAAUGUGGAAGGCAGUCAGGUCUUUGGGGGCUUGGUGGCUGCGUUGAUUGAUCGGGAUUUCGACGAGUUGAAGAGCGAUGGGUAUGUGGAGGUGAACGCAACCUUGCUGACUGCGCUGGAGGAGGGCAAGUACUUCUGGCCUUGAUAGUUGCUUGGUUGAAUAUCUCCACGAGAUAGACGCCCGAACUUCUAAA